ACUAAUGCACAAUAUUUUAAUUUGUUUUUUAAUGCAAAGCAAUUACAUGUCAAAUAUAGGCUUUCACUUUUCACUGAAAUGUGAUUUUGACUAUUUUAAGUCCUGAUAAAUGAGAGGUCAGAAUGUGGCAUAUGUGCCAGGAUCACAGUCUAUAUUCCUCAGCAGCUGUUUGGCCAAUCUGAUUGGGCUACAUUUCUGUCCCAGUGGUAUUUAUUCACAUGUGUGUUACUAUUUCCAGAGCAAUGCAACGGUGAUAUCAGCACCAAUGCACUCCACUUAACCUUACAUGUUUACAACUAUGCUCUGCCCAUUUAUUUAUAUUGUUUCCAAUACAAAACACUGAGGGAUAAAAUGAUUGUCCAUGUCUGUCACUGGAAUUGUUUGACCUUCCUACAAUCACGUCAUGUGAACUAAAAAUACAUAGUGUAAAAAAACUAUAGGAAUAUAAAUAUGAAGACAAGCAGGUAAGAAUCACACAGACAAGCUUCCUCUUUCAUAAUUAUGAUCAACCAGGAUGGACAGACGUACAUUAUGCGGCAUGUACCUGCCUCUACAUGCCUCACAGACACAAAAAAGUGUGCACUAAAACGUACAAAGGCUAGAAGUAUCAAAGAAAUAAGAAGCAUCAAGAAGCCAGGGAUAGACUUUCUGUGCCCCCCAGUGCUAGUCGACAUGCUCAGUCACCACUGGAGGGACUUACAGGAUGGCUUCUCUGAUCCUGCUGAGCUCAAUAUGAUUCUAGUGUUCCAAAGUGAUGAACUGAGGUGGACUGCACAGAAACUUGGCCUCUGGUCUUUGGAAUACAAGCAAGAGCUGACAAGUCCACUGUGCAUUGCUGCAGCACAGGGUUUUACUGACUGCCUUGUGUACCUGCUUGAGAAUGGAGCACAUCCUAAUCUCAGUGCAGGAGGAAAGGCAGCGCUUCAUGAGGCAUGCACAAAUGGCAACACUGAAUGUGCAGAGCUGCUCCUAGAGCAUGGAGCCAAUCCCAAUCAGCUGACAGAGGAGGGGCUGGCACCUUUACAUUUGUGCAGGACACCUCAGUCACUCAGAUGUGCCAAAGCCUUGGUGCGUCAUGGUGCUAAUGUUGACCUUCCUACUGAAGAAGAAGAGGAAACUCCACUAAUUAUAGCUGCGAGGCAUGGGCUGCCACACCACGCCCAGCUGUUCCUGCGAUAUGGCGCGAAGAUCAACCACACCAGCAGCUCAGGAGAAACGCCAUUAGGGGCUGCAUGUUUGGAAGCUCAGCAAAAGCUGGGAGAAGAUCAGGAUGAGGGACACCUUGAAGUCUGCACUAUUUUCUUGAGAUACAGAGCUAAUGUGAAUGUAGCUGACAAUGAACGACGCACUCCUCUACACAAGGCAGCUCGCAAUGUCCAGAUCAGAUUGGUGCAGCUUCUUUUGGAUCAUGGGGCAGACAUCAAUGCCAUUGAUUACAAUGGUUGUUCACCAUUGUCGAAUGUGCUACAAAAUGCUAUAUUACGUCAGGAGUGUCAGCCAGAUAUUGUGGUUCAGACCCUGUUAAACCAUGGAUCAAUUAAAGUGUGGCCACAGGCAUUGCUCAAGGUAUUAACAGCCUGUGCAGCUGCUCCGAAAACAGUGGAGAUUCUGUUCAACUCCUAUACGCUUGUUCCUGUAACAUAUACAUGGGUGGAAGCCAUACCUGAAGAGAUUUUCAAACUUCACAGGUCAUUUUAUGACUCUCUUUUUGCUCUGGAAUUUAAACCACGCUGCCUGCAGCACCUGUGCAGAUCUGCAAUAAGAAAGCACUUUGGGAAAUACUGUUACCUAUUAAUCCCCAAGCUUCCUAUCCCAAAAAUAUUAAAAGACUAUCUGCUUUUAAGACCCGAAGGCUACAUCAGCUAGAAAAGUGAAGGUUGUGGCUGCUUUAAAAUCACUUAUACUAAUUGAUUUAAAAUUACCUUUUUUUACUGUAAAACCAUUAAACCAUAAAAUUAGCAUGAAACCUUGAAAAAAAUACUAUGAUUAUUCCUAUUUUUUGGACUAUGUGUACAUAAAUCAGAUGGUGUGGUUCUGUGGUGUGUUGUGUUCAUUUUUAAGAUUGCGCUAAAGAAGAUGCAUGUCUUUUUAUUGUUACAUUUGUUUAUUGUUAAACAGAGUACUGCUUUGAUAAAAAAGCUAUUUGUGAUUGUCCUGCAUGUCAUUUUUAAAAUCAUAAAAUUGAGGAAAUUAUGAAAAUCAAGUUAAGUCAAGAAACUUUUAUUGUCAUUUUAACCAUAUAUAGCUGACGCAGUACACAGUGAAAUGAGACGUUCCUUCUGAACCCUGGUGCUACAUAAACAACAUAAAGCUACAUAACAGAAAACACAGAGCUAAGGACUAGUAAGUGUCCUCGCCACAUAAAGUGCAUCGUGUGCAACCUGGUGCAAACAUUGCCAGACAAACAGACAAAUACACAAAACACAAAAUAGCGCCGCCAGUAAACCUGCUAUAUAUUAUACUGUGAAGUGUGCAAGACAGAACUGGACACAGGAGUGUACUUGUAAAUAAAACACAAAAUGUAAACAUUGAAGGUUGUGCAAAAAGUUAACAUAAGGUAAGUUCAUGUAAAACAUUGAAAAAAUGUGCAAUAAACUAAAUAAAAAUACUUGAUGUUUCUAUUUUUUUUUACAUGUAUGUUUUGAUAGUUGAGUUCAAGUAGAGAUUCACUCUGUAAAAUAUGA